AUGCGUGGUGGGACGGUGGGUCAAUUGGAGGGCGCGACUAUUUGCAAUCCAUGGAUUGAAAAAGAGAACCACAGUCCAAGCAUCCACACGGAUCGAAACCCCGGGAAACCGCCCCGGAGCGUCCCCGAAGAGGUUCUCCUCCCUCUCCUAUAAAAGCAGCUAUAAUCACAAAGUCACGGCACGCCGGCGGAGAGCCGUCUGAAAGCGGCGACACGCACCCGCACACUGGGGGAAGACGAGGAGACGACACACAACGAUAACUGGAAUGCUUCCAUGCAGUGCUGCUCUGCCGGCCUCUUACGGUGCUCGUGAUGCUGGCGCUGCGGGAGCUUUUGCGGGCUACCCUGUACAAGCCCACCCCGUACAGCAACAACAGCAGCAGACAUUGACCACCAGCGCUCCGCCGGA